AUGGCCGCCGUCUCUGCUCUGGUGGGCCUCCUGCUCCUGGUUUCCGUGGAAACGGGGCCUUCACCUCUGAACCAGCAGCAGCAGGUGUUUCUCUCUCUGUUCGGCUCUCGCCUCGCCUCCCUCAUCGAGGCCACGCCCCCGCCUGAUGACAUCACAGAUGGCUCCGCCUCCUCGCCGCUGCUGCUGAGUCGCCACGGUAACGUGAGCGGAUCAGCCAGCAGACAGGAAGUGGUUCCCCGCCUCUUCCUGGACUUCCUGCGGCGGCGGGCGAAGACGAGGAGGCGAGACACGGCGGGAGGAAGAGGAUGCUUCGGGAUGAAGCUGGACCGCAUCGGCUCCAUCAGCGGCCUGGGCUGCUAGAGACGGUCACCGUGGAAACGCCGCUGCCGCUCACUGCUGAAAGACGACCCUGCAUGACCUCUGACCUCCAGGCGGAGAUUUCAUGCUGGACGAUACUAACCAGAGCUGGCUGAGCUCAGGACGAUGCUAACGCGAAUGACCUUUGACCCGCCGGCUGCCUGCAGCCAGCAGAGACGUGUGUGUGACCUGCAGGUGUGUGUAGGUGUGUGUGUGACGAAGUAUUAAACUGAACCUGAUCUCUGCCUCAU